AUGUCCAAAGCGUCCAACACAUCGUUCUGGAGAGGCUCUGGGAGCUGGAGAGGAUCCUCCUUCCCACCAUCUCGUGGAUUCCCACAGCGAGGCACAUGGAGAAAGAGCGAAGAAUCAAAGCCGCCAACGACAAAGACAACGACACCGCCUCCUCGAGGAGAACUGGUGACGGAGCUCAAGGCAGAGGAGUUGUCACUCUCUGAACACAACCACGAUCCGAAGAUCAGAGACUGCAGUUAUGUUGCCUCGUACAGUUGGGCAGAUGGAGAGAGCCCAAGCCCGACGGUGAUCAUUCCUGGAAAACCUCCUCUCUGGGCACCUCCCGCGGUCAAUCGCCGACUGGAGCCUGACAAGGGCGACUUCUAUCGUGAUCCGAAUGCCGCCCGCUACCCGUCCUAUCCCAUGGAGCCGGCCAUCCAAGCCGUGUUGAAGCAGCAUCCCCAGUUUCCCACGCAAGACAUCGACAUUGUCACCUGCACCAGCGCCUUGGGGAACCUGUCUCGGUUCGCGCGCGGCGUGGAAAAGGAGUUCAGGAUUAUCUUGGCGAGGGUGGGGACGACGGUGUUCCUGGUGCGCAGAGAGAACUCGCCGACCGAGCUGAUCUCCGAUAUCCAGGGUUACGGCCACAGCUUCCCCGACGAAUACACCAAGUGGGAGAAAGAUGUCGAGACCUCGGUGUCCCAUCAGAGAAUUGUCCAAUACCGGUUGGGGGGGCUACACCUGCUGGUUCGCUUUGGAGUGGACGGAUACCUGAGACAGGAAAGCGCGAGUCCAGACCAUCAACCACCAGAGGCGACUUCCUCCAUCGAGACACUCGGCGCGAGAUCAAAUGGCCAUGCGAUUGCCACAGCUACCGGCAAGGGAGGCCUUCAGAUCAAGGCAGGCGGCCGUCCCAUUCCUCAGGAAAGCAUUUUCGACCUGAAGACCCGCUCUCAAUUCGACCACUUGACUCGAACAAUCAAGAAGGAGAUUAACCUGACCGAAAUCCUACCACGGCUUUGGAUGGCCCAGGUUCCGAAUCUGAUCGUGGGGUAUCAUGAUCGUGGACGGUUUCAGGAUAUCCGUGUCCAGGACAUGCGCCCGGAAAUAGAGAGCUGGGAAGUGGAGAACGCUCAUCAUAAUCGCCGACUGGCAUCGUUGCUGCAGGAGCUGGUUGAGAUGGCCAGAAAUUGCCGCACUAAUCUCGAGAUCUGCCGGUCCGAAUCGGGGCCUCUGGAGAUCAGGCGUCUGGCGGACAACGGAGUAGAAGUGCUUCCUCCCCACCUCCAAGACUGGUGGCUGAGAGGGCCUGAGCAUGAUCAAGAAGCCACUCCGCAGGAAGACUCUUCAAAUCUUGACAAGUUGUUGGGUAAUCAUGUUCGUUUGGGUACCGGUUCUAGUCCUAACGUUGCAGACGAGGAACAUAACGUUGCAGACUACGAGCAACACUGGCAGGCAGACGAGGAACAUAACGUUCCAGACUACAAGGAACACUGGCAGGCAGACUCGGAGGUCUACUCGGACGAUGAGUCGGAGAAAGAUUACACGGCGUGUUCCGAGAGCUGCGAGUAUUGCGGCCACUGUUUGUACUGA